ACACGUUGGGUCUGUGCGCCCAUGUUGCCAUUAAACAAUACUCGCCGCGCGUGACCGCGCUUCUAAGAGCGCGCCGCGUGCAGGGGACUCGCGUUCUCCGGGAUUGACAUCCAACGUUAUCCCACCACAGAGUCCCACUGCUUUGCCGCACUCCAACAAUGGCAUGACCAACUCCACCAACAACUUAGUUUUAUCCAUCAUUGCUCAGUGAGAAACCUCGCUCUUGCAAUUUAACCAACCUCAACCACAACAAUGUUCGCGGCCAUGCCUCAGACCCCGCCAUCAAUUAGCUUCGGCCGUCCCGGUCAAGGGCAAUUCCAUACCCACCGACCGGCUUUCCCAUCGCCCCUUUCCUCUUCCCCAGUUCGAGCCUCCUCAUUAUCACCGCCGCCAUUCUCACAUCAACAACAAACAAUCUCGCAACCUCUCUCACCAUGCAACUCAAACUCCCUCAACGCCCGCUUGCGGCAAACGCAGUCCUCCCCGACCCAAGGGGCCCAAUCAUUCUACCCGAGCCCCACCAACAACGAAAACCACAACGCGAACAGCAGCAACAGCAAAUUCCGUUUUGCGUCACGCAACCCGCGCCCUAACCCGGUCCUCAAACGGCGUGAGGACGCCCAAGAGGGCCGGCGCCGCCUGUUCUUCCAAAACGUGCGGCAGCGGCAAGAGGACAAGCGGUGGGAGAUGCGUGGCGGGGAGGAUGAGCUCCUCAAACUCGAGUGGCUGCGCCUCACCCGCGAGCGGAACCAGAUCAAAGCGGCCGAGGGAGCGCAGUACCUAGGCAUGGUGGACGCGGAUCUAUUGGCGCAGGAGGAAGAGGAGAUGCGCAUGCAGGCGCAGCAACAGCAACAGCAGCAGCAGCCGCCGCGAGGAUAUGUGGAUCGAGAUGCCGACGCUUUUAUGGCCGACACCAUUGCGCAGCAGGAGGAGGCCGAACUGGAGGCGCUUGUGUCGGAUAUGGAGGAGAAGCGGGCGUCGGCGCACUUCUCGGACGACGAGGAUUAUGACGGGCUGUUUAUGGAUUUGAUUCAGCAGCAGCAGCAACAGCAGCGGCAGGAGAAUGGCGCGGGGCUGGGGAUGGGUUACUCACAGGACGUGGAGAUGACUUGAUACCUACCUCCCUAAGAUACUUAGGUAGAGGGGUGCCCAGUUUGAAUGCCGGGGCAUUGUGUACACAUUAGUCGGCGUUUGGGGGUAAUAUCUGGUAGACGGGGCGUUGGGUGGGCGGUUGCA